AUGCCUCGUAGUACGGAGGCUGUACCUAGGCCGGUGAAUGUUCAGCCACCGGAGAGUGCACUCGUUCGAUGGCACCGUCUUGACGCGAAUCGGAUUGAGCUUCGCGGAUUGAAGAGUCUGAACGCCUGUCUUCUCGCCUCGCUCCUGCUGCGUGAUGAUCGAAAAAGGGACUUAUAUGGUCUACACAUGCAAUUGCUUCAGCAUCUCGCAUUUUACCAGCAAGACCGGACUUUUUUCAACACCGGGCCACAGACGUACCUUCGAUGGGUGCUUGCCGCUUCAAGUGUGAAUCUUCCCGCCGACACGGAGGAGCGCGUUCUCACAAGAUUUGUCCAUGCGCAUCAGCGGUGGCUCGAGGCUUUGAAAGCAUCGCACGAAAUUGGCGCUGAGGAAGAAGGUAAGGACGAAUCGGACGAUGAAUCAGACGAAGAGGAAAGGAAGGGAGCGGGCAUGCGAGUAAGAGGUAUGCAAUACCUUGCAAGGGUACUCACGUCGAGGGGGAGGGAAAAUGCGGCAGAGGGUCGCAUAUUAGCUCACCCAUCUGCGCAUCCACUAUUCAUGUCGUGGGACAACCGGUACAGGGAGGCCAGAGCACUCAUCGCGUACCUUCGUCGCGCAGACCAUAUAGCCGAUCGUUACCAGGCGUAUAGGAAAACACUUGAGUUCCAUCUUACGAACUACGACAACCUCCGAACUUCUUGCCACUUGUCCGUACGCGAGUAUUUAUUACGCGUCCUCUCGCAUGCAAACGCUUUCCAGCAUCUUGGAGCUCUGUACCAAGGCUAUCUGGAUAUCGAGGCUGGCUUUGUCCGCCUUUAUGGGAUAUGGUUCGGCAAAGACGUCGACGCCGUGACUGCCGACUAA